CCCCCUUGUCCGGUCUGCAGCCAUGGCCACCUCGGCGAGCUCCCACCUGAGCAAAGCCAUCAAGCACAUGUACAUGAAGCUGCCGCAGGGGGAGAAAGUCCAAGCCAUGUACAUCUGGAUUGAUGGGACAGGGGAGCACCUCCGCUGCAAAACCCGCACACUGGACCACGAGCCCAAGAGCCUUGAAGAUCUCCCUGAGUGGAAUUUUGAUGGCUCCAGCACCUUCCAGGCUGAAGGCUCCAACAGUGACAUGUACCUACGACCUGCUGCUAUGUUUCGGGACCCUUUUCGCAAGGAUCCCAAUAAACUAGUUCUCUGUGAGGUCUUCAAAUACAACCGCCAGUCUGCAGAGACAAACCUCCGACACACCUGCAGACGGAUUAUGGAUAUGGUGUCCAACCAGCACCCCUGGUUUGGGAUGGAGCAAGAGUACACUCUUCUAGGGACGGAUGGACAUCCAUUUGGCUGGCCUUCCAACGGCUUCCCUGGACCCCAAGGUCCGUACUACUGUGGUGUAGGGGCAGACAAAGCCUAUGGCAGAGACAUUGUCGAGGCCCACUACCGAGCGUGCCUUUAUGCUGGUGUGAAAAUUGGAGGAACCAAUGCAGAAGUGAUGCCAGCCCAGUGGGAGUUCCAGGUGGGACCAUGCGAAGGGAUUGAGAUGGGGGAUCACCUCUGGAUUGCACGCUUCAUUCUCCAUCGGGUGUGUGAAGACUUUGGUGUCAUUGUGUCCUUUGAUCCCAAACCCAUCCCUGGGAACUGGAACGGUGCUGGCUGUCACACCAACUUCAGUACCAAGAACAUGAGGGAAGACGGAGGUCUCAAGCACAUUGAAGAGGCCAUCGAGAAGCUGAGCAAGCGUCACCAGUACCACAUCCGUGCCUAUGACCCUAAAGGGGGGCUGGACAAUGCCAGGCGCCUGACGGGCUUCCAUGAAACAUCCAACAUCCAUGAGUUCUCUGCUGGCGUGGCCAAUCGUGGCGCCAGCAUCCGCAUCCCCAGGAAUGUGGGCCAUGAGAAAAAGGGCUACUUCGAGGACCGCCGGCCCUCCGCCAACUGUGAUCCUUAUGCUGUGACAGAAGCCCUUGUUCGCACGUGUCUCCUCAACGAAACUGGAGACGAGCCUUUUGAGUACAAGAACUAAGCAGACUGCGCCUAGAGACACCGCCUUCCCCCCGCACUUCCCGCACCCCUAAACUUCCCUUCUAGAUGUAAUCCCGAGGGUACAAGAUAACAUGUUUUGUGUCUCAGUAA